ACGGAUAGGCACACAAUGAAACAAUCAAACAUACCAUAUACCCCUUUUUAAGCAGGAUUAUUGCUUUGGAAGAUAAUAGUGUCUAUAGAGAACUAAUUAUGUGCUUUACAAGUGAAACUAAUGUUCAUAUUAUGCAGCAACGAAAGAAAUUAUAAGAGCAAUGUUUUGUUAUGCUUAGGACUAGCUAGAAAUCCUGCCUGGGAUGGCCUCAAGAUGGAAAUGGUGAGAUGAUUUUACAAUCACUACAUACAACCCUUUUUAUCAGUGGAUUGUAGGUAGAAACUAAUUGGUCCCCCCAAGGUUUUGUAUGAUUAAAAGAGAUUUCUUUUAGGAGUAAACAUGCUAGUAUGUCUGUUCAUGUUAUUUGCGAGGUUACUUAGUUAUUCUUAUGGUCAGAUAUAUAAUCUACCACAGGAAAACACAAAUUUACUCUCCCAACCACCCGAAUUCAUUGAUUUGGGUGCCAAACUCAAGCUUCCUGAAAUACCGAAGAGCCCCAUUAUUUAUUCUGUAAAGUCCUUGGACGAGCUAGAGACUAAACACAUAGAGAUGCUUUCCAAUACCAAUAACACGUUUUUCUUAAAGGAUUCCAAUAGCUCUUUGUAUUAUGACCCCCUAAUCAAAAUGUGGACAGGAUUGAAACAAGAAGACCCAAAUUAUGUUCCAGAAAAACAAUAUUCAGAUUGGUUACCAGUUUCCUCUUGCUUAGACUCGAGGAUGGGAAGUGGAGGGGUGAUAUUGAGAUCAAUUAAAGUUGCUUUUGAAGCAACUAUGGAAUUUGAGAAUGAACUUCAAUUCCAAACAAGUCCCAUUGGGUUGGAAUUGGGAGUUCAAGCUGCAACGGGAUUCAAAGUGGGAGCUCAAGUCGAAACCACUUUGUUGUUCAGCUGCAGUUUAAAUGAGGGAGAGAUUGGCCAAAUGCAAUAUCGUCCUUCCUAUAUUAUUGCACCGCGUAUGUUAAGAACUAUUUAUAAGCUUAAGGGAAAAAAGCUUACCCCAUACAAGGUCAAGUUACUUAAGAAAUUUAAGGUGUUAUUGCUUGAGACUCCAGAGCAUCGAUGCUGGGUUACCGAUGAUCCUGAGAAUAUACCAUGUAAACGUUCCAUUUUUAAGUCAUCGAUUGUUUGAUGUUUAGUUGUAACGAUAAUAUUGAGCUUUACUCCAAGCACAUCGAGGAAAAUACGUAGUUUGUUUUGAAGUAUAUAGAUAGAACUUAUCUGUAUUUCCGAAUCAGCAACGUGCUUUCUUGACAACCAGUUACUUCCUGCCUCUUUUCCCAUCAAAUAUAUGCUUUGUAAUUAAACC